AUGAGUGGGCUUGCGUUGAAAUUCACGUCGUUGUUGAUCAGGACGGUGGCCAAGCCAAUAUCUAACUCUAUCAAGGCCCAGGCAAAGGAACACGAGAACUUCCGUCGCAAGUGUAUAUGGUUUGCCCAGAUGAUGCACCAUACCGAUUUGAAGAUGAGAAUGAACCUAGUGGGGGAAAAGAAGAUCAAGAUUCGCCCGUUGAACGACAACAAGGCCAUCGAGAAGGGGGCCAAUUUUUUGAGUGAAAUGUUUGUGUUUUCGGUGGCGGGAUCGUUGAUUCUUUUUGAGUCGUUCCGGAGCAGAAAGAAGACGAAUCUUGAGAAAUCCAACGUCCAGGACGACAUUACGUUUCUCCAAGACGAGAUCGUGGCCCUCCAGCACGAAUUGGAAGAAAUGAAGACGAAGCUUGUCGAACGACCCACCAACGGGCCCGCCAACAAAGCCGCAGAUGCGUCUGCUAAAUAG